CACUCCACGCUGUCGCAGACUUCACGUCAUCAAAGUUGGCGGUAUUUUUAAAAGGAGGUGUCUGUUGUUGUGGUCCGCGCAGUGAAGAAAAAUUUACAAGUAAUGGCUGAGGUGAAGCCAGGCGUCCAGGCAGCAGCAGCAGAACUGUCAGAGGCUGCUCAGUCCGAGCUGCUGGACCUGUGUGAGGAUCAGUUUGCACAGCUGGAAAAGCUUCAGAAUGAGAUCAUACUGUGUGAACCAGAUUUCUGUGAGAAUCCACAAGAGCAGUCAGUGAAUCUACUGAUGGCAACAGAAGCUGAAUUGAAACAGUGGCUGGCAGUAGAGCCGAAAUUGCUGGCAACAAAUUCUGAAGUUUUACUUCAGGCUGGAAAAGAGGAGAUGCUCAAACUGUGCUCUGAACUUGAGAUGGUUGUUUCUUGCUAUGAAGCGAAGAGAGACAAACUGAGAGAAACCAAAGAACUUGAACAGAAGUGGCUGGAGGAGAAGAAGCAGGUGCUGAUAGCUGCCAAUGAUCAUGUUGAACGACUUCAAAGGGAAAAGGAGAAAUUAUCAGAGCACACUGUACUUCAGAACACUAAGGCAAAAAUCCAGAAAAUGAAGGUGUACCAGGAGAGGUUGAUGGAGUGUCUGGGGGAUGUCCUGGAGAAGCAUGUUCCUCUCCCUCAGAAUGAAUCCAGUGCAAACAAGAAAAAGAAGAACAUUGACCUGGAGUUAAAUGAAGAUUUGAUUUCACUCAAUGAAAUUCUGGAGGUACUCAUGAACAAAGUCCUGACCACACCACAUGACCCCUAUGUGACAAUAGAUGACACAUUCUGGCCACCGUACAUAGAGAUGCUUCUGCGCUAUGGGAUUGCAGUGAGGCACCAGGAGAAUAACUUUAAGAUCCGCCUGGAAACAUUCUUUUAAGGCAGUGGUGCAUUAGCCAUCUUAAGCACCACUUAUCUACCAUUGUUUCUAACUGGACUCUCCUUGUUAUAUAUAUAUUUGUGUAAGCUGAUAGGAGGACUAACUGUGCCGGGAAAGCAACAGGGCUAGUGAUUUACUGUAUGUUAAUGUAGAGUGCAUUACACAAUGAGUAUUUAUAAGUUGCACAUUAAGGCUAUAAGUAUUAAUAAUAUACUUAUUAAAAAUACAUAUGUUUUUUUAGGUUAAGAACUCUUUUGUAUGUAUGGAGUAAGCACAGGUCCCUUUAGAAACUCUGAAAAUGUCUAAAUUUAAGUUAUGAAAGUAUUCAAAUGUAUUAGAAAUCUAUUUUGACACACCAUAGAGCCAUAGAGCACCGUAAAUUGCUGGGUACUUCAUGUAAAAUUAGAUUAAUACUCAAUAGGGUUGAAAGUCCUUACUUAACUACGUAUUUCCUGUGAUCCUAUUUUCAUAGCUGUUUUCAUUUGCCAGGUUUAAUCAGCAAUGAGCAAUUUACAGUCAGUUGGCAGUCUAUUAAAAUGAAUGCAGUUUAAUACAACAGUCCUGCUAUAAAUUCUACUUAUAAUGAAAGUUAUAAUGUUCAGUUUUUAUUGAAACUGUUGAAGAGGUGUUGAUUCAACUGUAUGAUCAUUUUGAAGGCUGCAGUUUGUGGAGCUGUUGAGCUGUACUACAUUACACAGAGAGGUGCGUCUGUCGUUCAACAUAACACAAUGCAGUUCAAGAAUACAACAAACAUUCUCCAGAAUGAUCAUACAGUUGAAUCUACACCUCAUUUACACAGCUUCAACAAAAACUGAACAUUAUAACCUUCCGUAAGACAGGUGUUAUUGCAGAAUGGUUUCAUUAGACUGCAGUAUAUUUAGCUGGGUGUACCUAUUAAACUGAUUCUUUUUUAAGUUUGUCAAAAGUAGAUUUUUUUAAGAUCAUCAGACACCCGCGUUCCUGUAUAUAUGUAUAUUAUAUUCAUUUAUGUUUUGUAUAUAUUUUCUUGUUCAUGCUUCAAUAAACUUGGGAACUGC